AUGGAUCCUUGUUCAGUUGGAAUUCAGCUUCAAGCUACCAACGAAUGCCACAAGACCUAUUACACCCGUCACACUGGCUUCAAGACCAAGGAAGAUGUGUCUUCCACUGACCUCCUGCUGCUUCAGCUCAGGACAGGAAUCACCCUCUCAGAGAGCAACACAAUCUGCUUCCACCAUGCCAAAAUUUACAUUGAAAGGUUUGAAGACAUGCAGAAGUGCUGCUCGGAUCCCUUUAACAUACACAGGAAACAGUCGAAGAAAAGCUUGAGAGCAAUUGACUUGGAUGAUGCAGCUUUCCUGAGUGCCAAGUUUGGGAGGCAGUUUGUACCUGGUUGGAAGCUUUGCCCCAAGUGCAUGCAGAUAAUAAAUGGAAGUGUGGACGUGGAAUCUGAAGAGAGGCAGAGAAGGAAACUUGAUCCGGAUGGACGAACAGCUAAGGCUUUAAAGUCUCUCCAGUUUACUAAUCCAGGACGACAGACUGAGUUCACUCCUGAGACCAGUAAGAGGGAAAAAAGAAGGCUGCAAACAAAAUUGGCAGCAUUUAAUUCAGACAGGCAAGUUAUACCAGCCAAGAGCAAAGUCUACGACAGCCAGGGCCUGCUGCUUUACAGUGGGAUGGACCUGUGUGACUGCCUGGAUGAAGAUUGCCUGGGGUGUUUCUAUGCCUGCCCCAAGUGUGGCUCCAACAAGUGUGGAGCAGAAUGUCGCUGCGACCGCAAGUGGCUCUACGAGCAAAUCGAGAUAGAAGGGGGAGAAAUCAUUAAAAAUAAGCAUGUUGGGUAG